AUGUUUGGGGUUAGAUAUGAUCCAGAUGAAGGAGUGAAACCAAUUAGUAAUGGUAACGAUUUCAAAAUAAAUAUAAAGAAGAGAAUUAGACCGGUAGAAGAUGAAGAUGAAGACGAAGAAGAAGAAGAAGAAGAUGAAGAAGAAGAAAAACAAGAAGAAGAGGAGGAUAGCUCAGACCAAAGCGAAGACGACGAAGAAAUGGAAGAGCAAGAAGAUAGUAGCUCAGAGGAGGAAGAAACGAAUGAAAAUGGGGUUACAGAUAAAAUGGAGAUAGAUAAUCCCGUACUCAAUGAUUCAGAAUAUACAAAAAAGCAUCAAUCAGUAUUUGAUAAAUUCAAACAAGCUUCAAAUCAAAGUAAGAAUCUAGACGACGAUGACGAAGUAGAGGAAGAGUCAAUAGAAAAACAAGAUUUAGCUCCAUUACCACAACCCCAGCUACCUAGAGACAAAAAACUAUCAUCAACUUCACAUCACCUUAAGAAUUUGGAUUGGUUAGCAAAACCAGAAUAUAUACUACCAACAGAAACAAGACCAUUUUCAGAAUAUAAAUUAGAACCUUUUAUACUAGAUAACUUGAAAUCAUUAGAUAUUACAAAUGCGUUUGCUGUACAAGUUAGUCUAUUAAAUAAAUUGUUACCAGAAAUUGUGAAAAAUAAAAUUAUGCCUGAUGCCUUUGGAGAUAUUUUAGUGAAUGCAUCUACAGGUUCAGGUAAAACAUUAGCAUAUUCAAUACCUAUAAUACAAGCAUUACAUGAUAGAAUUGUACCGAGAGUCAGAGCAAUAAUAUUAGUACCUACAAAACCAUUAAUUAAUCAAGUUAGAGCCACAUUAUUACAACUAUCUCAAGGAUCAACUUUAAAUAUUGUUAGUUUGAAAAAUGACAUAUCUAUAAAAGAGGAAAGUACCAAAUUACUAAAUUCAAUCCCAGACAUUAUAGUGAGUACACCUGGUAGACUUGUUGAACAUUUGAACUUAAAUUCAAUAGACCUUUCAAGUUUGAGUUUUUUAAUAAUUGAUGAAGCAGAUAGACUAUUGAAUCAGACUUUCCAAAAUUGGUCACUGAUACUAACAGCAAAACUUGAACAACAACAACCAUACAACAUUUUAGAUGUUUGGAGUAUAAAAGCCAAAAAAUUAAUUUUUUCAGCUACGUUAACUACUGAUGCUGGUAAGUUAGCAAAUUUAGAUCUUUAUAAACCGAGGCUAAUUAUAGUCAAUGAUUCUCAAAAUUUAGUUAAUGAAUUAUUUUCAAUCCCAUCAACUUUAUCUGAAUUUAAUUUACAUUUUGGAGUUUCCAAAAAUUCAAUAAAACCACUAAUACUAGUCAAAUUCUUAAUAUCACAAUCUAAAUUAUCAAACGUUCUAAUAUUCACGAAAUCAAAUGAAUCAUCAAUUAGACUAUCUAAAUUACUACAAUUGAUUUUUGAUCAACUUAACUUACCAAUAAUAGUAGCAUUCAUAAAUUCUACAAAUAACAGAACAUCAAUCAGGUCGAAAAUUUUAAAAGAUUUUACAACCCAAAAAAUCAACAUUUUAAUAGCAACAGAUUUAAUAGCAAGAGGUAUAGAUUUAACAACAAUAACAGAUGUCAUAAAUUAUGAUUUACCAAACUCGUCUAGAGAAUAUAUUCAUAGAGUUGGUCGUACUGCAAGAGCUAAUCAAUUAGGUUCGGCGUAUAAUUUUAUUUUUGGUAAGGGGGAAUUGAAAUGGUUUAAUACUUUUUCAAAAGAUGUUAGUAGACAUGAUAAAGAAGUUGAAAAUUUUGAAUUUGAUGUUGCUAGUAAUGUUAGUGAUGAUGAUGAGAGAAUUUAUCAAAAUGCUUUAAAUGAAUUACAACAACAAGCUAAGAAUUGA